AUGUAUCAAGCUCCGGAGAGCAACGAAGUCCAGGUCGCCAUCGACGACGGGCCUGGCGAUGAUGAGUCCCGGUCGGAAAUUGGCAGUAGCGUGGCUUCUUCAACUACGAGUCUUCGACCCUCACUUCGGGAUUAUCGUGAGGAGAAUGGUCGGACGUACCACCAAUACAAGGACGGCAAAUACAACCUUCCAAACGACGACAGAGAGCUGGAUAGGCAGGAUCUGGAGCACCAGUUAUGGCUUCUUACUCUUGACGACAGGCUCGGUCUUGCCCCGCCGUGCCAGCCGACCGCCAAGGUCGGUAGAGUCCUCGAUGUUGGAACAGGAACGGGAAUCUGGGCUCUGAACUACGGCGACGAACACCCGGAGGCUGAGGUCUAUGGAAAUGAUCUUUCUCCGGUUCAGCCGGGCCACGUGCCGCCUAAUGUGAGAUUCGAGGUUGACGACGUAGAAGACGAGUGGACCUUUUCUCGCCCAUUCUCAUACAUCCAUAGCAGAGUACUGACCUCCAGCAUCAGUGAUUGGCGCCUCUAUCUGCGUCGCUGCUUUGACAACCUCGAGCCUGGUGGCUGGCUUGAACUUCAGGAGCUCGACUGCGUUCCGCGCUCCGAUGACGGAACCCUCACUGAAGACAGCCCGCUGAAUAAAUGGGCUGAUCUUCUUGUUGACGCAUCUGAAAAGUUCGGACGCCCUUAUGUCCGAAUCCCCCCGCUCAAGGAUCUCAUGGUUGAAAUCGGGUUCGAGGAAGUGAGCAUCUACAUGAACAAGUGGCCUACGAACAGCUGGCCUAAGGAUUUGAAGUUCAAAGAACUUGGGAUGUGGCAAAACCAGAGCAUGAUGGAAGGACUCGAGGGCUUUACAAUGGCCCCUCUCACUCGCGCGCUUGAUUGGAAGAAGGAUGAGGUCAAUGUUUUCCUUAUCGAUGUCCGCAAGGAGAUCAACAACAGGGACGUUCACGCGUACUGGCCUAUAUACUUCAUCAUGGGUCGCAAGCCUUUGAAGGAGCAGACGCCGGCUCCGGCCUAA